AUGAACAAUCUGCAGACCAAUCCGUUUGCCAACAUUGGCACCCCGAGCUUCAGUCUCUCACAGGUUCCCCAGCAUAUACUGGAGAACCUGACCCCUGUUCAAUUGCAAAUGAUUCAGCAAAAACACCAACAGUUGUUGGUGGAACGUCAAGCGCUGAUGCGAAAGCAGCAGCAGCAACAACAGGAGAGGGAGAACCUCAAAACUCAAGAAACGCAGAGAAUACAACAACAGCAAAUGCAACAAUUACAGCAGCAACAACAACAACAACAGCAUCAACAACAACAAUUACAGCAACGUCAAAUUCAGCAACAACAACAACAACAGCAACAACAACAGCAACAACAACAACAGCAACAACAACAACAGCAACAACAACAACAACAACAGCAGCAGCUACAGCAAACGUCGCCCCCGCAAUAUGCAACUAACACAGCUGGAAGUAACGUACCUACUCAGCAGCUCAAUCUCGCGCAGAGGGCCCAACUAUUGAAGGCUAAACAACAACAGUUGAACGCCCCACAGAUGCCCAGACAAACACCAAUGACAAACGUUCAACCACUUAAUUUACCACCCCAGAUUGCUCAGCUUCCACCACAAGUGCAGCAACGCGUGCUCGCAAAUCUGAAGCAGCAAGCGUUGGCCAAAAAUAACCCAGCCGCUGUGGCAGCUAUAACCGCAGCUCAACAGCAACUGGUGUCUCAGAUCCCAAGCCAGCAAGCAUCCGUAUCGCCUGUCACACAGAACUCUCCUAUUGUAUCAGGGAACGUUGUGAAUUCACGGUUACCAACUCCACCUAGCGUUCCAAUGCCUCAGCUCCCACCACUUCCAAAGUUUCAAGUUAUCUAUCAGGAUCCGCCGGAAGAGCCUUUAACAUCACUCACGUACUGGUCUGACUUGGUCAAAGCUGGAAAGACCAAUGUGAAGGACGUUGAUUCCAAUCUUUUGCUAUACGAACAGGUUCUGCGAAGAGAUCGUGAAAACUCAGAGCAGUUGAUCAAGGAGCGGAAUGGAUAUGAACCUUUCAGCAAAUAUGGAUUCAGCCACAAAGAGUAUCUCAUGAGGCUUUUGCAAGAUCUCAAUUAUAUUAAGGAACUAAAGGCGGCAAGAAUGAAAUCUAUCACAAACACUACUCAAGGGAUUGUUUCCAAGAGCAUAUGGGGCGACGGGUACUCAGGAUACGGAAAUGGGUUCAGCAAUACGGUGACGAAUGUCUCCACCGGCCUAACUGGUCCUGAUGGACGAAGGCGAACUUUCUUCGAAUUACAGGACAUAUAUCAGCAGGCUAUGAAGGAGACCUACGAAGACUUGGUUCCCAUACGAUUGGAGUUUGAUGCUGAACGCGACAACUUUUCGCUCAGAGACGUCUUCGUUUGGAAUAGAAACGAAAGUAUAGUCAGAGUCGAAGACCUGGUGACCGAAAUGCUUCAAGAUUAUAAGUUCACCCAUAACGACCAUUUCUUUGAGACACUUGUUCAGAACAUAAAAGAGCAAAUUAACGAGUUUCAGACGGAUCCUUUCAUUGAAAAUGACCGCGAUCAGGUUGGGGGUGACGACCUUCGCAUUCGAAUACAGCUGGACAUUGUGGUGGGCCAAAACCAACUUAUUGAUGGAUUCGAGUGGGACAUAUCUAAUCCCGAUAAUAGCCCGGAGGAAUUUGCCGAGGCCCUUAGCCAAGAUCUCGAGCUGCCCGGCGAAUUUACGACGGCGAUUGCCCACUCCAUCCGGGAACAGGUUCAUGCCUACCAUAAGUCAUUGGCAAUAACGGGGUAUCAGUUUGACGGCUCUGUUGUGGAGGACGAGGAUAUUCGGAGUCGGCUCUUGCCACUCAUUACUCUGGACGAGGUUUUCAGAAGCUCCACCGAGUCGAAAGUGUACACACCAAGUUUACUGAAAGUGUCUCACGCUGAGCUCGAACGAUUAGAUCGGGAUAAAGAUAGAGACACUCGUCGGAAACGCAGACAAGGUCGUUUUAGCAGACGUGGUGUGGUACCCAGCUCUGCUAUUACGCAAAACGAGACUGCCCUUCCCGAUCUCUCAGAUAUUCCAAAAACUUUCCGAAUUCCUAUACCGAGCACAACGCUACCCGGUGGAGUUGAUUUGGGGCCAUCAACCCAUUCUUACCAGCUAGAAACCAAGAUUGACUACCAGCCACUACCACAGACACUGGAUACGGUACCGUCCGAAAAUCCUGCUUGUCGCAUUAUUGAUAAUAAUCCGGGCCAGUAUCUACUAGUGAGCAUUAAACUGCCGCCGCAGUUAAACGCUGCGGCUAUCAACGCUCGCGACAUGAAAGACGUCAGAUACACCUAG